AUGGGAACCGGAGGUGACGGUGGCGGUGGCGAACGCCUGGAGGACGGGGAGGUCUCGUUCCGGUCGGAGCGCGACCGCGAGAGGGACGAGAAAUCCCUGAGCAUAAUGAGCCCGUUCGACGAGCAGGAGGAAUGGGCCAAGAUUUCGGAGAUCAUGGCGUCGUUUGGCACCGGCCUCGUCAGGGAGUCUGUCUUCGUCACCGAGUUGGAAAAGGAGUUCCAAACGAGGCUAGUUUCGUCUGAUUUGUACGCAGGCCUGAGUUCAGACACCAGCAGCAGCCCUAUUGUCUCCACUUCCGUUGGCCAGUGGCUGUCAACGUUGGGCCUGGCCGAUUACGAGAACCUGUUCAUUAACUACGGAUUCGACGAUCUGGAUUUCAUAAUCUGUUCCCCUCGACAGAAUGGAGUUCUGGACGAGACCGACCUGAAGGACAUGGAGAUCACUAGCGAUCAAGAGCGCGCGGUGAUCCUGGACGCGGUUGGUUUGUUGAACAAACGCGUGGACAAGCGUGGAUCCGGCGGCAACGGGCAAUCGGUUGACGAGUGGCUGAAGAGCAUCCACUUGGAGAAUUACGCGGAGACGUUCAAGAAGAACCUGUACACGGACAUGGAGCGCGUGAGGUGCGUGUGGGAGGUGGAAUUGGCGACCGUGUUGGAGAUUCAGAAGCCAGCGCACCGUAAGAGGAUCCUCGCGUCGGUCAGCGGAUCGAGCGCGCGUGCGCAGAAUCGCAACUGCACCGGGCCCAACCUCGAGGACCUCAACAAGGAUCUGAACACCUUGGUGAGUGAGACAGUAGCAAGGUCGCGCGCGUUUUAUUCUUACCGAAGAUUCGUACAUGGAAUGGACAAUGAACGACUUACGUCCACUUUAUGAAAGUCACAGGAAUUGUACUUGGAUCAUGGAUGUAGACUUUGGCACGUGGUGUUCAAAAUUCAUUUCUGAAAAAUUCUUCGAAGUCAUCGAAGCACAGGGCAUUCGAUUGUGGAUUUUUACCUUUCCUUGAAAUUACUCGCUAA